GGGCGCCGGGCGGCGGUGGUGGCGGCUGCGGGGCACCCUCGGCCCAGCCCGCGCUCGCGCGUUGUCCCCGCAGCCGCCAAGACCUUGGCCUCGGCCGGGCGUGGGGGGCGCGGAUGGCGGGACGCAGGGGGCACACUGGCCCCUGACGAUCGCGGGUGUUCGUUUGCGGGGCGCCUCCCCACGCGCCCGGAACCCCAGGGACGGGAGCUGUGGUGAUGCCCACUUUGCAGAUGGAAAAGAGGCUCAGAGCUGCCCCUGGCCCGAGGUCCGUGGCCGGACUCAGCCGGGGCACCCUGCUCUCCGCUGCCAAGCGCCCCGAGUUCGGGCUCUUUCCGGCGGCGCACAGGCUCCAAGCUGGGAGGCGGAGUGGAGGAGGGUUUGCUCCUGGGCCGGUGCCGUUUGUGUCCCCUCUGCCUUCAGCCUGUUGCAGCAGCGUAGACGUUUGCACUGGCGUCCCUUCGUGACCGCCACCUCCCCUCAGAGCCCGGCUAGGGGUGACCGUGCCCUUUCCCAGAUAUUUAAAAUGUGGCAUACCCAGAUGUCAGCACUGCAGACCCACCGUGUGUCCACUUACCUGGCUGUGGGUGAUCCUUCCCAUCUUUAGGGGCUGAGGUCGGGGGCUGACCCAGGAGGCCCCCACUGGUGAGGAGCCCUGUGGCGUCUGCCUCCCUGCUUCCUUGAAGCAGGUACUGCCUGCACCGUUAUUGGAUGUACAUUACCUUUCAUCCUUCCCCUGCCCCUUUUCACUCCCAGAUAAGGCCUCCUACUUCAUGGAAGUGUGAAAGAAAAAUCCUCAUUUUAGACCAACCUAUUCCGGCAAACCAGACUAAAGAAAAGUAUCUUUGACCCCAGAGGAGGCUCGGAGCACCCUAGGCGGGGCUGGGAUGUGAGGGGUCCCAGUCUGCGGCCUCUGAGGGGGGUUUUCCUCUCUGGAAAUGUCUCGUUAAGAUUUAACCUAGGACGUUCCUGCUCCGGCAGGCAAAGUCAGUUCUUUGCGCUCCCCAGGGCCAGCGGCCCCCAGCUGUGACGGGGGAGGUUUUUCCGGGAGAACCAGCUUUGCUUUUCUCCAUGGGCAAGGCCUUGGGUUGGGAGGACAUUGCGGGCAUUGCUGGGGGGAGAGCUUGGGUUCAGUUCGUGUGGGUGCGCUGGUGCUGUGCACGUGGUAGAACACACCAGGGGCCCCGGUGGCCUCGCACGGUGGGCCCCACAGGUUACCUCCUGGCGCUUAGUUCCUCCCCCGGGGGAGGAGCCUCCAGCUCACCUGUGGCUGAUCGGCCCCACCCCGCACAUCCCUCUGACCCCCUCAUGUCGCCGUGGUUUUCGUUUCCCCGGCUCCCAGGUGUGCAGUCCUCCAGCAGGCCUUGGGGGAAGAUGGCAGCCCUGGGGGACAGUCAGGAGCCCCCUCAUGUCCUGUCCACUGUCACUUUCGAGUCACCGGAGACACCUGGAGCCUGCCACCGCCACGAGGCCCAGCUUCACCUCCACGGCCAUCAACAUGGCUUCCCCGGCUGCAGCCCUGAGGUGCCCUCCCAGCCACCACAGGAGGAGGAUCUCCGGGACGUGGAGGAGGUCCAGGCUGGCAGAGACACCUGCUGGCCAGAUCCCGAGUUGGAGCGCGAGCGGGCCCCGUCGUCUCCCCAGCCGCACAAUCCUGAAGAUGAGGUGGACCAGGACACGGGGGUGCUCAGGACCCUUCUGAGGAGCCUUCCCCAUAGACCCAGGUGUGGGGACAGCUUGGGGCAGGAGUGCAGCCUGGAGCGGCCGUUAGGCCAGCCGCCGGGGGCCGGGCCCCGCCCCCAGAAGAGAGGCACCUGGCGUGGGCCGCUCGGGCUGCAGGGAGCCUCGGGGACAGAGGGCGGCCCGGGGCGCGCCGACGAGCUGGCGGGCAGCCUCGGCCGGGGCUCGGGCCUCGGGGCCCGGCAGAGUGGCCCGCGGGGCGGGAAGCCGCACAGGUGUGAGGCCUGCGGGAAGAGCUUCCAGUACAACUCGCUGCUGCUGAAGCACCAGCGCAUCCACACGGGCGAGAAGCCCUACGCCUGCCACGAGUGCGGCAAGCGCUUCCGCGGCUGGUCGGGCUUCAUCCAGCACCACCGCAUCCACACGGGCGAGAAGCCCUACGAGUGCGGCCAGUGCGGCCGCGCCUUCAGCCACAGCUCGCACUUCACGCAGCACCUGCGCAUCCACAACGGCGAGAAGCCGUACGAGUGCGGCGAGUGCGGCCAGGCCUUCAGCCAGAGCUCCAACCUGGUGCGGCACCAGCGGCUGCACACGGGCGAGAAGCCGUACGCCUGCAGCCAGUGCGGCAAGGCCUUCAUCUGGAGCUCGGUGCUCAUCGAGCACCAGCGCAUCCACACGGGCGAGAAGCCCUACGAGUGCCCCGACUGCGGCAAGGCCUUCCGCGGCCGCUCGCACUUCUUCCGGCACCUGCGGACCCACACGGGCGAGAAGCCCUUCGCCUGCGGCGCCUGCGGCAAAGCCUUCGGCCAGAGCUCCCAGCUCAUCCAGCACCAGAGGGUGCACUACCGGGAGUAGCGGGCGCGGGGCCGCGCGUCAGCAGCCUGAGGUCGAGGCGAGUUCCCGCGGAGGGCUCCUGCCUUCGCGCCUCCUGGCUGGCGCAGCCGGCAUCUCGUGCGUGUCCCGAAUAAAGUCUGUGUACUUGACGGACGCGGGAGGAAGGCCACGUGGCUGCCCCCCAUCCCUGAGGGCUCCUGUCGGCAGAGCCCACCGCGUGCCCUAGCGGCCGAGGCCUGCGGGCGUCGUGACUUACCAGAGCCAUAGCCAGGGCGGGGUCAGGCACCCCAGGACGGGUGGUUUCCAGAUUGGGGUGGGGGGGCCCGGGCUGCCCGCUCUCCCCCUGGGCUGUAGUCUCUGGCGGUUUGGUUUCCUCAUGCAUCUGGGAGAAUGUGUGUGGCAUGUUCUCUCUGCAGCAAGCCCUCGGAUCUGCUCUGUUUGCCUUCUCACCCUGCCUCUGCACCUACUGGUGGCUGCCUGAGGCCAGCGGGCUUCAGUGGAAGGUGGCCCUGCCCAGCCUUCAUAGCUGCCUCCAGCCCCAGGAAGCCGGGGCCCCAGGGGGUUCCCCGCUUGACAGGUCUAGGCGACUGCAGCUGGGCAUUGGCUGUAGCCGGCUUCAGAUCUGCCAUGACUGCCCUGUAGCUCCCCAGCCCCUGUGGUAAAGGGGAGAGCCCAGCUGGGUGGGGCGCCUUCUGUCUGCCUUCCUGCCUGCUCCUUCCUGGACAGCUUUUGGACCCCCACCCCUGCCGCCUGCACCACACACGGAGGAGUUGCCCGGCCCCUCUCCAGGGUAUAACUCCGCCUCGCCUCCACAUCCUCUUUCCCAGUGACCCCAAUGGAGAGCCCUGUGGUUGGGCUGCCCCGCCUCUCCAGGCUACACUCCCAGGGCCCCGAGGCCAUCAAGCGCUUUGGACUCCCCCACGAGGGUCAGAACACCUCCUUGAGUCGUCUUUGCUGGUGCACUGUGACACCCUGGAAGAUGGGGGACAUCGCCUUCUCCCCAGCCCCCUGUCCCUAAUACCACGUGGCUAUUGGGUAUCGUGAAGCUUCCACCUUGGGCAGCCAGGCCGCGGAGCGGGCGAGCAGAGCCCCCAGGGCUUUCCGGGGAGCGGUGGCUCAGCCUGUGCUCCAGAAGGGUCAUCCUGCAGCCUCAGCACCAAGGCUGGACUCGGAUACCUGCACCACAACCGGACUUAGCGGGCAGCCCCAGAGCAGAGCCUGGCGGUCCUCCACACUGUCCUAGACUGUCCUGGAGGUGGCCCGGCAGACCCUCGGUGACGGGACAGGGACAGGGCGGGAGCUCCCAGGCCACUGAGCAGCAGGCGUGCAAGCUAGGAAGGCUGCCCGGAGGAGGGGAGCGUGGAAUCAACCGCCCCCAGCUGCAGCUCCUCGGUGCCAGGAGAUAAACUCUCAGCAAAGGCUCUGUGUCCUCCCUUGUCGCGUGCGGCCCGCCGAGAUGGGCUGAAUGGCAUUUGCAUUUGCCGGCUUGGGACCGGUUCUCUCUCGAGGGUUCUGUCUGAUGCAUUCAGCACUUCCCGGGAACCCUGAACGCCUGGCAGGACCGAGACGAGGACUCCUCAGGGCAUCUUCUCUGCCCGUUGUGGCUGCCCAGGUUUAUCAGUAUCUGGCUGCACAGGACGUUAUGGUUCUCGACCCCUGACCGCUCCUGGGACGUGGGUACAGCCCGGAGUCUCUGCACUGUCCUCCUGCCUCGUGUCCGGCACAGGCGUCACGCCCCUCCUCCCCCGCCAUGGUCAUCCUCCGGUUCCAGCUCUGUGCCCCGGCCUGCUCUGGAGCCUCUAUCCGCCCUGGGUGCGAGUGUCUCUAGCUCAGCGGCCACUGUCCCUCGCCUCCCGCUGACCCUGUUAUCUCCAACCCCAUGGGCUGCGCUCCCUCCCACCCGGGCCCGUGUCCUCGGCUCCAGCCAGCCUCAUGCUGUUCCCUGAAGUGACCCACUGGUCUCCGGGAGACCAGGGUUAGGGUUGCCCAGGCUGCCCUGAUGCCAGCCCAGGCACUUACUGUCCCUCACAGAGCCUGUUUCCUCCUCUGGAAAUAGGGGCAGCCGUCUGUUGGCACCGCACAGGGUGAUUGGGAGGAUGGCCAUAGAAUCCUUUGCACGCCACCAGGCACACAGCAAAAACCCAUAAAAGGGGCUCCUGGAAAGGCUCUGUCGACAACCAGGGACAGGUCAGGAACACUGUUAAUGGACAGCCUCAGCAGAAAGCCACCUGGGGCCAGGGCCGGCCACGGCGAGUGUAAACAUUGAGGGAGACAGAGUGAGGCACCAGGAAAGCGGUCCCUGUGCAUUUCAGAGCCCAGGAAGUGGUCACUUGUGUAGGGGCAGUAUCUCCUUUCGGCCCUAGAAGUAAAUAAAAGCCCUAUAGGAGCUUGAGCCCUAAAGAAAGGUGGCCCUGUGAGGAGCUCCCAGGGCGCCGCACAGGGAAGAGGGUCCAGGAGCUGACAGUCCAUCUCGGGCUCUGUGCGGCGCAGAGCGGGCUGCGUGUGCCUGUGAGUCGGGAAAUAACGACAAAGCUGGGCCUAAAUGUGGACACUUUUCAGUUGGAUACAAGGGGUUUUAUUUUUACAUGAUAUAAGCAGUGUGGCAUGAUGGUUAAGAGAAUCGACUUUGAAACUUAAAGCCCAACUCUACACUGAAGUGUAAGGUUGGACAAGCUAUUAGUCCCCAAAUUUGUUUUCUAAUUAGGAAAAAGAAAAAGAUGUAUUAGGGCUCUCCAGAGAAACAGACUCAAUUGGAGAGAUAGGUAGAUAGGUAGGUAGGUAUUCUUAGGAAUUGGCUCACGAGAAUAUGGAGGCUGAGAAGUUCUGAGACCUGCAGUCGGGAUGCCGGAGACCCAGGAGCGCCGAUGGCAUAGUUCAGUCUGAAAACCGGCAGGCCCAGGACCCAAGGAAAGCCAGUGUUUCAGUCCAAGUCCAAAGGUAGAGUGAGACUGACGCCCCAGCUCAACAGUCAGACAGGAGUUCCGUAUUACUUUGUCUUUUUGUCCUAUUCAGUCGUUCAGCUGAUUGGCUGGGGCCCACCCACGUUAGGGAGAACAACCUGCUUUACUCAGUCUGCUGCCUCAGAUGUUGAUCUCACUCAGAAUAACGUUUGACCAAAUAUCUAGACGCCCUGUGGCCCCGUCCAGUUGACGCAUAGAAUUAACCGUCUCAAGCAAGGAUAAGACUGUACUUAAUGCCACAGGGUUGGCCUCAUUCCUCCUGAUACGGAUGUGCCCUCUCCCCGUGACGCAGAGCAGAGCUCAAAGCAGCCCCAGACCGAUUCGUAUCUAUUUUCACCACUAGAACGGUAAGGGAAGCGUCCCGGGGAAGGGCUCUGCUGGUUCCUGCUGGGCUCUCGUGCGCUCGCUGUCCGUCCCUGGGCCAAGGGCUGUAAUCAGGGAGGUGGCCCAGAGAUCGUCAUUCAGCCUGAUUCAAGGUCACACCCAUGGCUGGCUGCAGGAUGCUGGGAUGAGCAAACAGAACCAUAAGGUCCUCUGCACACGUUUUCAGUACCAGUAUUGUCCACGCGCUUGUCUUUUUCAGUUGCUAUGCAACAUUCCAUAUCGGGCUACCUCAGUAUCCCAAGGGUUUCGGACUUUGAGAGACCCCAGAUUAAUGAUGGCCCAGAGGUGGAAGCCAAGACGUGGUCUAUGGACUCAUCUGCCCUGUGCCGUGUGCCCCAAGCAGGUGGGCAGGAAGGCGGCUCUCCCCACAGCCAGCUUCUAAGGACACUCACUCUACUUCGUAGCCCAGCUCUGCCACUCAUUUCUAUGCCACCUGGGCAAGGUCCGUAUCCUCUCUAAGCUGCAUCGGUAAAUUGGCGAUAGUGAUUCUAUGGGAUACAUCACGAGGUUCUGUGAGCGCUAAAUUAGACCAUCAUGUGAAGAACCAGCAGAGCACAGGCCAGAAGCAGAAGUUAACAUCCACUUCCCACCUGGAAAAUACACAUCCUCCCUCA